UUUUUUGAAUUGGAUCCUUUUUCUUUUUUUUUUUUUUCUUUUUGUGAUAAUUUGUUGUGCUGUGGCUACUCAGUGAUAUCAUAAUAAUCCAAUUUUACAUCAACUGCAACUUUAGGCAUAACUGCAUAAGAUUACAUCAGCUGGGAAUGUUUACAUUUGCAACCCAACGUCUUUUUCUUUUCCCCUACGUCUUGAGCUGUGAACUACUGAAUUAUGUGUUAUGCAGUUUUGUUACAGAAAGCAUAGAGUGCACGAGGGUCUGGAAAUUAGGAAUAUCUUUGCUGACAAUGGCUAUGAAGCCGUCGAAUAAUAUAUGGAUUCGACGCCAACAGUGUCCAUGUGGAGAUUGGAAAUGCUAUAUUAAGUAUGAAGGAGAUGACCAGACACCAGUGAGCUCUCAACUUGUAAAGAAUGAGACACCAUCAACAUCAUCAUCAACGGACGUUGUCUUCACACCGUAUGUAGGUCAAAUUUUCAAAACUGAUGAUGACGCUUUUGAAUACUACAGCAAUUUUGCUCGGAAGAAUGGAUUUUCAAUCAGGAAAGCUCGGUCAACUGAAAGCCAAAAUUUAGGGAUUUACAGGCGAGAUUUUGUUUGUUACCGCUCUGGAUUUAAUCAACCAAGAAAAAAGGCCAAUGUGGAGCAUCCCCGGGAUCGGAAGUCAGUUCGAUGUGGAUGCGAUGCAAAAUUGUAUCUCACGAAGGAAAUUGUUGAUGGUGUUGCUCAGUGGUAUGUGUCACAGUUUAGCAAUGUUCAUAAUCAUGAAUUGUUGGAAGAUGACCAAGUGCGCUUGCUACCUGCAUAUCGGAAAAUACAGGAGGCUGAUCAAGAGCGAAUUCUUUUGCUAUCCAAAGCAGGUUUUCCUGUUAAUCGAAUAGUGAAGGUGUUGGAGAUAGAAAAGGGUGUUCAACCUGGACAACUUCCCUUCAUAGAGAAGGAUGUUAGAAAUUUUGUUCGGACUUGUAAGAAGACAGUCCAAGAAAAUGAUGCUAUGCUCACCGAAAAGAGGGAGAACGAUACAUUGGAACUCCUUGAGGCUUGCAAGGCUAUGGUAGAGAGGGAUGCAGAUUUUGCAUAUGAUUAUACAACAGAUGAAAAUGAAAAGGUUGAAAAUAUUGCAUGGUCAUUUGGGGACUCUGUUCGUGCAUAUACAGUUUAUGGUGAUGUAGUUGUUUUUGACACCACAUAUCGUUCUAUCACAUAUGGUUUGAUCCUAGGAGUGUUGUUCGGCAUGGAUAAUCAUGGGAAGGCAAUUUUAUUUGGAUGUGUAUUAUUGCAAGAUGAAAGUUCUCAUUCAUUUGCAUGGGCUUUACAGAGUUUUGUUCGCUUUAUGCGAGGAAGACAUCCACAGACAAUUAUAACAGAUAUAGAUGCAGGUCUUAGGGACGCUAUAGGAAGGGAGUUGGCGAACACUCAACAUAUUGUAUGGAUAUGGCACAUUCUGUCCAAAUUAUCCAGCUGGUUCUCUUUGACUCUUGGCUCACAGUAUGAAGAUUUCAAAGCUGAGUUUGAUAUGUUGUAUCACCUUGAAAGUGUGGAAGACUUUGAGCACCAGUGGAAUCUCUUGAUUGCUAGAUUCGGACUUGCUUCAGAUAAGCAUAUAGCUUUACUCUUUUCAUGUCGAGGAUCCUGGUCAAUUUCCUAUAUCAGAAGUUUCUUUCUGGCUCGCACGAUGACAGCUGAGUUUUCACGAACUUUAGAUUCAUUCUUAAAAAGAGUAUUGAGUGGUCAAACAUGUUUACAAGUAUUCUUUGAGCAGGUCGGUAUUUCAGCCAAUUUUGGAAAUCAAAACAGAGACGUGAUGCAGUAUAUGCAUAUCAAGACCUGCAUGCCUAUUGAAGAACACGCACGGAGUGUUCUCACACCUUAUGCCUUUAAUGUCUUACAGCAGGAAAUUAUUUUGUCCAUGCAGUAUGGAAUCCAAGAAAUGGCAGAUGGAUCAUACCUUUUGCGUCACUACAAGAAAAUGGAUGGGGAAUAUCUUGUAUAUUGGAUGCCAGCAGAAGAACAGAUUCAUUGUUCAUGCAAGGAAUUUGAACGUUCUGGAAUAUUAUGUAGGCAUUCUCUUAGGGUACUUUCAGUCAAGAAUUACUUUCAGCUCCCAGAAAAAUACUUCCUUCUUCGUUGGCGACAGGAUCAUUCUUUGUUACCCAUGGACGAUCAAAAUGCUCAAAGCAACAGUGAUGAGUGUGCUGAAGCCUUUCAUUCUCUCGCUGCGACUCUACUGACAGAAUCAUUAGUAUCCAGAGAACGUUUUUCUUAUGUUCAUCGAGAACUUUCUGGGCUUGUUGACCACGUUAGGACUAUGCCGCCUCUGAUGGAAGAAUUCUCUUUGAAUAUGGCCAAUAACAAUAUAAGUGAAUCUUAGCUUUGGUGAUAUGAUAAACGGAGGGUAUAUGCUGUCGAUUCCUGUUAAUUUAAAGAGUUCAGGAUAACUGGAAGAAGAAAUGCUGAUUUGUCAAAGGUACAAAAAGAAAAGCUUAGUUAUGUACAUCAAUAAUUUUGCACUUUCAAAAUAGAGGUGGUGAAAUACAAAUUUUUGGUUUUUCUCCACAAACGUCCUAGAAUUCGGAGCUGGUAAUUUAUUUACCCCUUUUGGUGUCCUUAAUUUGCAUAGUUACUAAAUGCUUAAAAAUAUAUGGGAAAUCUUUAUGACUUACUGGUGUAAGAUAUAAGAUGUAAGAUGUAAGAUGCAAUUUUUAGAUACAUCCCCUUUCAAGAUAGAUUGGAAAUGAAUACAAGUGGAAAGAUGCACUCGUUUGAUUCAGAAAGACUGUUUUUAUCUUCUAAUGUUCUGAAUCAGUAUGAAGGUGAUCUGGUUUAUGAUAUACUUUCUUGGUCAUGCUGAAAAUGAUCAAUCCCAGUUAUUUGUCA